CCUCACAGAGCCGGGAAGCCUCUUGGCUUUGAAGACUUACUUUUGGAUCUAACACUCCCUUGGAAAGAAAAUAAGCCCUCCCAGCUGCAAGAUGAUGCUGGAUUCAGUAAGCCACAGUACCUUCCUGCCGAACACGAUGAUAUGUGAAUCCCUGAUGUCUUGGUCAGAACUAUUUGGAACAAAUGAAGAAAACUACCCUCCUUUUGAUCAUCAAACAGGUUGCGAUUCGUCCUGGACAUCUAUCCGCCCGGAGUACUGGACAAGACACAAUGUCUGUGAGUGGCUACAGUUUUGCUGUGAUCAAUACAAACUGGAUGCCAACUGCAUUUCCUUUUCCCACUUUAACAUAAAUGGCCAACAACUGUGCUGCAUGACUCAAGAAGACUUUUUAAAUGCUGCAGGGAUUUGUGGUGAAUACCUGUAUUUCAUCCUACAAAACAUCAAGACUCAUGGAGUCUCCUUCUUUCAGGACAAUGAAGAUACAAAGUCAUCUGAAAAAGAUUAUAAUGAUAAGGCAUGUUUGAGGACAGGCAGCAUCAAGACUCAAGACUUUCAAAGUCACAGUAGAACAAGCCUGCAGAGCUCUCACUUGUGGGAGUUUGUAAGAGACCUCCUCCUGUCUCCUGAGGAGAACUGUGGUAUUCUUGAAUGGGAAGACAGAAACCAAGGCAUCUUUCGAGUUAUUAAGUCAGACGCUCUGGCAAAGAUGUGGGGGCAAAGGAAGAAAAAUGACAGAAUGACCUAUGAAAAGCUAAGCCGAGCACUCCGGUACUAUUAUAAAACUGGGAUUUUGGAACGAGUGGACAGGAGGUUAGUGUACAAGUUUGGAAGGAAUGCGCACGGAUGGCAAGACAGCAAGUUAUGAAAUUCCUUUUGCUUCUGACUCACUGCCCAGUAUGCAACAUGAAAUCUCCAAUCACAACAGAAGAAACUUCUCCGCAGAUACCCCCAGAUUAAGAGGUGGCCACCUGUUAUGAAUAGCUGUAUAAUGUAAUGGUAAAAGACUUUCUGGAUUGGGGGAAUUUAUUAUUCUUCAUAUGUUUUUGGACCAGCACCAUCACUUCUAUAGCCAUAAACUGCUCUAUAGACGUUUCCCAUUGUAUGGAAUUAUAUAUGUAGCAUUUCUUUCAACGCCAAGAAUAGCAGUUUGCCAUUGAUAAUCAAGAUUCAUAAUAUUCAUAACAUGGAAUUUUAUGGGAUUUUGAACAGCAUGAUCUGAAUCACCUAAGAACCACAUUAACCCAACC